AUCUCCAGCCUGUCAGUGCGAUCAUAUAUAUAGCCUGUAACGUAUUCGCAGCCAAGGUACCGUUAUUCCUUGUUGUCUUCCACUCAUAUUCCUUUCCAAACACCAAAAAUCUAUCAUAUCAUCAUGCUGAGUCGCAGCGCGCGUGGUUUGAAUGUGUCGUGUGUUCGUGCAGCUCAAGCCUCGAGGCCUUUCGUAAUGUCUCAAAGGACAUUGAUGACACUCAAACAUCACAAAUACACUGCCCAUGCUUCAGCAGCUGGUCAAGGGCGCAAUGGGGAGGUCAAGUCCGACGAUGACGACGGGUUGACACUGCGCCUUGCAAUGCCCAAGUCAUUGGGAGGGAAAGGUGACGGACAGAACCCCGAACAGCUUUUUGCCAUGGGUUACGCAUCAUGUUUUUUGGGUGCACUACAGAUGAUGGCCGGAAAAACGGGAAAGACGGAUGCCGCAAAAAACGCGGUGAUUUACACGAGCGUGCAUCUCGGCGAGCCAGAAGAAUUAGGCGGCUUUGGUAUCGCCGUCGAUAUCAAAGUCGAAGGUGUAGAAGACGAAGAGCUCAUCAAGGCUGGACAUGAGGCUUGUCCUUAUAGUCGGGCGCUCAAGCACGGCGCGGUGGUUAACGUGUCCAAGGCGUAGACAGCGAUCAGGGCUUUUGACAUUGACUACAUUAGGCACUCGACUGUUUUAUGAUAGGCAACUGCAACUUUGUUAGUUCA